GUCGAGGAAAGGUGCGCUCCAUUUGAAACCCUGGCGUCCGAAUUUUCAUUGGAAUUAUGUUAAAACCACAUAGUGGAAUUUCGUGUCGACAAAUUAGUAUAUGAAAGCCAUAAUUGAAUAACUUGGAGCCACAACUAAGCCCCCUCCGCCCUUCCAUUUCGUCAUUCACGCCGACAAAUUGGCGUUGCCUUUUUUCCUCAGAGUCGACGAAGACAACGUCAGGCAAGCGAGGUGGGACAAGGAAAGAAGCCAACCCCGGACGCGAACUUUUUUUCUGAUCUUUUUGCGUCCCUUCGUGUCAUGAGAUGGUCCUUUAUCGUUUUUGGAAAACCUCAUAUUUUUGUUUAUUUGUCCACAUAGUCUCAUUUUUGCCCGUUUUUCUUUAAAAUGUUGACUAAAAGUUGAGGGCGCGACGAGAACCGUCUGCAGAAGUGCUGUUUCGGGAGAGGAGCGUAGUUUAGGAAUGCUCGGAAAGGACAGCACUUAUCGAGAGUUCAAUGAUGACGAUGACCACAGCGAAGAAAUGCAGUCACCGGAUUUUUUCCGAGAUGUCGUGGAAGACGGCGAGGAGCGCAUUGAUAGUGUUUCGCCAGAGGAUGAUGCUCAAGGCAUCACACCGUCCAAGCGGGUCAGCAAGGCGUGCCUGAAAAACGUGUUCACGGUGGUGCUCAUCUUCAUCUACCUGCUGCUGACCACUGUGGCCGCCUUCCUGGCCUACCAGACCAUCUCCGACUUCCUGGACAAACUCAACCAUCCUGUCAUGUCAGUCACCUACAAGGAGGUGGAUGCCUUCUCUCCUCCUGGUAUCGCUCUGUAUCCCGGCAAUGCCCGGCUACUGAGCUGCCGGCACCACUACCACGACCACAUCCCGCCCCUGGUGGACCCUGGGAAGCCUCAAGAGGGUGACUGCAUCAUCAAGGAGGUGACCUACUACGGGGUCUUCACCAACCGAACGAAGAAGAAGGCGCUGGUGGUGCAAGGACCGUCGGAUGUCCGCAACAAGGAGUUAAUCUUUAUGCAGUUCAGUCAGAACGAAACCGAGGAGGACUUCAGCGCAAUCACGUAUAUGCUAUUCGCCAAAUUUAGCGACCUGGACAACAGUUUGAAUAAAUCUGAGUUCAUGAGGGACUGUGAGAGGAACUACUCCACGUGGACCUUCUCCGGGGGCUUCCGCACGUGGGUCAAGAUGUCCUUGGUGACGACAUCAGGGAAAAGCGACCAAUCAGUGGAGUUUCGCCAAGAGUCCGCUGUGGUCAAAUUCAAUGACAAGAGGCCCGAAACCGAAAGGAGCAACCAGCUUUUCUUUGCCGUCUUUGAGUGGCGUGAUCCCUUUAUCCAAGAAAUCCAACUGAUCGUGACAGCAAACCCGUGGUCGUCGGCGGCCAUUCUCUGCGGCGUCUUCAUGGCUCUCUUCAAGGCAGCCAAUUUUGCCAAGCUCACCGUGCAGUGGAUCAUCCGAAUGCGCAAGCGCCAUUUGAGGAACAAAGCCCGCCAACAGGGCAUCAUAAACUGAACACUGGGGAUGCAAAUUUCCAAAAUGGUCUGUUGGACUCGAGGGCAGCGUUUCUUUUGGUAGUUGUAACAUUUCAACAUAAGAUGAAUUUCAUUUCUCGUUACACAAUUUUUCUACUUACCUGAGAGCUAAGUAGAAAUAAAGGGACCCUUUUCUGCCCUUUCUAUUAUUCUCAGAGGCAAACAUUUCAGAGCCAACUUUUGUGUUACACAAACAUUCUUGUAUGUGCGUCCCGUGCGCAUAAAUUAACACCUACAUAACACUCAAAACGAUUUGAUGUUUUUGUUUUGUUUUGUUUUUCAGCAUUCCUACUGUAUGCUCAUCCUGCUGUUGGGCCAUAAUUUGAUCAAAAUGACUUGAAUGUAUGUGGCGGUGAUUUUAUGAGUUUAUUUGUUCAUAUCUCGUUUUUAUGUUUUGUACACUUAAACUUCAGACUUCACUGUUACUUGG